AUGCCAUGUGGAGACAACAUGGUAUUUCAAACCAUCAAACAGUAUGGCAGUGCGGAUAAAAGAAUAUCAUGGAAAACAAAAUGCAUUCAACGUUGCUCAUGUGUAAAUCUUAGUCUCAUGGAAAAAAAUGGUAAAUGCAUUAAUCAAAUGGAUGUUCUACUAGGUGGAAAAACAAAAUUGGCGAUGGUUACUAUAAAUUUUCCAAAUUACGAACUCGGAAAAGCGAUGGUUGACAGCAGAUGUCAACUAAUUGGACAAAAAUGUGGGAUUAAUGGGAUUUACAAAAAACUCAGAGAAGAAAAAAGGGAAAGGGUAUAUCCUAAUGGUGUUAAGUACACCACUGUGUGCAUUCUAAAAUGUAUUUGCGACGACGAAAUGUUUGAAGCAAAAAGUGGUUACUGCGUUAAGAAAACUCAAUCCAUGACCAAUCAGCAAAUCAUUGCUUCUACGAUUACUGUCGACCCGAGAAAUAAUAUGGUCAGUGACAUUCCUUCUAGCGACAUAUUCUUUAUUAUUCAGUUUGGUCGCAUUCAAUUGGGAUAA